UUUGCCCCCCCGCCCUCUCCCUCUCUAUCUCUCUCCCCAUACUCCUCUGUCCUUUCUGCAAAUAACUCUCUCUGCACUGUGUAGUAGACAGAGAAAGUGAAAGAGAAAGCGAAACCGCCGGUAGAGGAGGAGGGGCCUGCUGAAACCCUAGAAGAAGAAGUCGAAGCGCUCCGUCUCCAUGGAGAAUCUCUCGCACUCCCUUUCCAAGAAAACAUACAAUGGCAAUGGCUUCGGGGCGGCCAAGACCGCGUACGACGACGUCUUCGGCGGCCCGCCCAAGUUCGGAGUCCCCACUCUCUCCCCACGGCUCGAGGACUACGCCGAGAUUUUCGGCGGCUUUCACGCCUCCCGGGGCUCCUCGUCUAUUCCGGUGCUGGAUCUGCCUCCGGUCGACGCCGCCGUCUUUUCCUUCGAUGUCCGGAGCUCCCACUUCGACUACUCCGAAGUGUUCGGCAGCUUUGACGGUCUGGAUUUCGCUGUUCCGUUCGAGGAAUUGCUCUACCAGUCCAAGGCUACCUACGAUUCCUCCGACGAAGCAUGGACUCCAGCUCAGAGUGAAUCUUUGUCAGAUGAGUCUGACCCUUCUGCUUGUUCAGAAAGGAAUGGAAGCUUGUCAAAUGAGGAAUCCUAUCAGUCAUGUAAUGGCACUAAGCAGUUCAAUGUCUCAUAUAACAAGUCUAGUGAAAGAAGCAAGGAAGAUAUGUCAAACAGGGUGGCCCAUGUAACUCAACUGCAUGCUGUCCCUGGAUUCACUUAUAUUGUUAAUGAAACUCCUUCAGAGACAAUGAAGGAUAAGAAUACACAAUCUCAAGUAACUUCUGAUCGAAAUCCAACUGUGAAUUUUAGUGGGGAACUAGCAGAAGGAAAGCGACUAAGGAAAACUAUGUCACACCCUUCAAACAGUAGUUUUGGAAUGCAGACCCAGGGACCUGAAAUCCAAUCUAUGGGAUCUGGCAAACCAGCUUCUUAUAAGAAUGAAGCAUUUGUAACCAUAUCUGAUAUCAACCUAAGGACUCAGCCUUCACAAUUGCCACCACCUGCGCGGCCACCACCUGCUUUAGGAGUGAAAGAUGGAGUUCCUUACAGAGAAAAAUCAAAGCUCAAAGCUUCUAAAAGUUUUGCAUUUGGAGAGACGGCCGGUGAUAGCUCCCCACCUUUCUUUGAUGUAGAGGUAGAUGCAAGCUCUUCUGCUGCUGUCUCUGCCGCAGCAGUUAAAGAUGCAAUGGAGAAAGCUCAAGUAAAGCUAAGAAGUGCAAAAGAAUUGAUGGAGAGAAAGAAGGAGUCUCUUCAAAAUCAUACAGAUGUGUGUUUGAGUAAUAAUGCAAAAGAAAAGGAGGGAAAAGCAGGCAAGGCACUUGAAGUUUCCAACUCUUUUGAAGAUGAGAAAGUGCAUGGAACCUGUGAAAGAGAUCAUAGUGGACUGAGAACUUUUACCUCGGAGGAAAGACAGAAAACAAUGAAGAAACCAGAAGUUAUUUCAGAUUCAAGUAAAAGGGAAGAACAUAUAAAUGAGGUUAAAACAUCUGAAAAUAAAAAGCUUGGAAAGGAGCAUAUCUCAUCUCAAGAAUUUAAUAAAACUAAUGCAACUGUUGCAUGGGUGGAAGCUGCAGAAUUUUAUGAAGUAGUUGAAACAAAUGGACCAAGAAAGAUCUUUGAGCAAGCAAAAGAUCGAACAUUUUUAGUGCAAAAUACAAACUUUCACGAUAGAAGGUCACCCAGAGGAAAUGAAGAGAGAAAAGUGACUGCAGCAUCUCGACAGCAAGGAAAGGAGGAUGGUGAAAUAAAAUCUGAUAUGGAGGCUUGCGAGCAUGAUGAAAACAAGAGAAGGCCCAAAGGAAAUGAAGAGUCGAGCAGGCUAGGGGAGCAUCAAGAAAAUGUGAAAGUGAAGCAAGAGGUUUGUAAACUGGAAAAGAAUGGAAAGAAGACAAGAAUGGCCCAGCAGCAUGAAAACUUUGAGGACUUAGUAGCUGAAGCUUAUAAAUGUGAAGAGAGUGAUAACCUGGCAGAAGUUCAGCAGAAAGACAAUGUAAUGGAAGUUGAAUUAGAGGAGGCUAAAGAACAAAUAGAUGGCAAAAGACACAAGGAUGCUCGUGACAGAGAAGAAAAUGAAAGUAGACUGAAAGAAACUCUUGAGAGGGAAAGAUAUGAGAAAAGUCGCAAAGCGGCUAUUGAGCAAGCAGAAACUGAGAAAAGACUAAAGAAAGCCCUGGACCAAGAAGAAAAGGAGAAGCAACAACGUGAAGCUUAUGAAAGAAAAGAGGAGAAGAGACUUAAAGAGAUACAUGAAAGAGAAGAGAAUGAGAGGAGACUUAAAGAGGCAUGUGAAAGAGAAGAGAAUGAGAAGAGACUUAAAGAGGCAUGUGAAAGAGAAGAGAAUGAGAAAAGGCUUAAAGAGGCACAAGAGAGAGAAGAGAACGAGAAGAGACUUAAAGAGGUGCGUGCAAGAGAAGAGAAUGAGAAGAGGCUUAAGGAGCCUCUUGGGCAGGAAGAGAAUAAGAAGGAACUAAAAAUGGAUAUUGAGAAUGAUGAUUGGGAAGUGCAUGGAAAGAUGCUGGAAAUUACUCUAAAGCAGGAAGAGAAUGAUAAAAGACUAAAACUGGCCCAUGAAAGAGAUGAAAAUCAGAAUAGGAUUGCAGAGGAUCGUAAAUGGGAAGAGAUUGAGAAGAAUUUGAGUAGUACUCUUCAGCAGGGAGAAAAUGUUAAUGAACAGAAAGAGGGUCAUGAAAGAGAAGAAAAUGAGGAAACACUAAAUGGUGCUUGUAAAAGGCAAGUAAAUGAGAGUAGACUUAAAGAGACCUGGGAACAAGAACAAAAUAAGAAACCACUGCAGGAAGCUUAUGAAAGAGAAGAGAGUGGGAAGAGAUCAAAAGAGGCUAUCAGGCAGAAGGAAAUUGAGAAAAGAUCUGAAGAGUUUAAUAAGAGUAAAGAAGCUCAGAAGAAGAUUGAAGAUGUAGGCUAUUCGGAAGAACUUAAGAAAGAAAGGAAAGACAAUGAGAAAAAUGAGAGGGAUGAAAAUGAAAGGAAACUAAAAUCUGAUCGAGGAGCUUUUGUGCACAAGACUUUUAAGGCACCUGAUAAUGAUUGUAUGCUGAAUGACCUCGAGAACCUACAACCAGGACUAGUAACCAGCAGACAUGACAAAGUAAGCAUGAAAGUGAAAAAGACCGAAGGUGAGGCCUUCUUAUUUGAAGAGGAUAACACCCUGAGGACUGAACCCACACAUAGCGAGGCUAAACUGGAAGCUGUUGAAAUUGGAGAGCCACAGGUGGACAGAGAUAGAAGGACUCCUACCAUUUCCUCUAAUCCUGGGAGGCCAAAUGUUCUAACUAAUGAACUAGGAGAGAGGGGGACUAAUGUCAAGGAGGAUCAAGUGAUAUUUGACAAGGAAGAAGGGAAAGACAAAUUCAUGCCUUCACAAGUGGUAAGGGAGUUGAAUGAAAGAGAAAGGAACACGGGAACUGAUCAGCCAACUGUCUUUGAUGGAAAAAGAAAUGCACAAAGCACAGUUCAGAAGGUUAGCACUAGACAAAACACUGAAAGAAAAGAGAAGAAUAUGACUGAAAUCCUCGCACCAGAAGAGAGAGAGAGAGAAAGGAUAAAAAGAGAAAGAGAGCUGGAAAUGGACCGCCUGCGAAAGCUGGAGGAAGAAAGGGAAAGGGAGAGGGAAAGGGAGAAGGACCGAAUGGCUGUUGAUAGAGCAACUCUUGAAGCUCGUGAUAGGGCAUUUGCUGAAGCCCGUGAGAGAGCAGAAAGGGUUGCGGUGGAGAGAGCAACUGCUGAAGUUAGACAACGAGCAAUGACAGAGGCCCGAGAAAGAUUAGAAAAAGCAUCUGCAGAGGCUAGAGAGAGGUCUUUAGCUGAGAAGGCUUCUACGGAGGCCAGGCUCAGGGCAGAGCGUGCUGCAGUAGAAAGAGCUACUGCAGAGGCCCGAGAACGUGCCUUCCAAAAAGCAAUGGCUGAGAAGGCCACUUUUGAGGCACGAGAACGUGUUGAAAGACCAAUUGCUGAUAAGUCAUCUGGUUCUUACAAGAACGGUGGAAUGAGACAAACCUCUUCAGUUUCUGACAUGCAAACUCAGGGUGUUGGGUCUGCUGGUGUGUCCAUUUAUUCCUACUCUGCAGUUCAUGGUGGAGUUGAAGGUGAAUCACCUCAGAGGUGUAAGGCUAGGUUAGAGAGGCAUCGGAGAACUGCUGAACGUGCGGCAAGAGCUCUAGCAGAGAAGAACAUGCGUGAUCUUCUUGCUCAAAGAGAGCAAGCAGAAAGAAAUAGAUUGGCUGAAAUGCUUGAUGCUGAGGUGAGGAGAUGGUCAAGUGGGAAAGAAGGGAACCUCCGUGCAUUGCUUUCAACCUUGCAAUAUAUCCUUGGGCAUGAUAGUGGGUGGCAGCCAAUUCCAUUAACUGAAGUUAUAACUUCCGCAGCUGUUAAGAAAGCUUACAGGAAAGCCACCCUAUGUGUUCAUCCUGAUAAAUUACAACAACGGGGUGCAAGUAUUCAGCAAAAAUACAUAUGCGAAAAAGUUUUUGAUCUUCUUAAGGAAGCGUGGAACAAGUUCAACUCAGAGGAGCGGUAGUUGGACUUUACUUGUCCGGCAAAGGCUGCACAAUUGUAGUUAUGUAGUUACACAGCAAAUCGUGUAAUUGAUUGUUCAAGUAAAUAACACUAAAUCAGCUAGAAAUCUUGUAGUUCCUUCUUCCAGUUCUGAAUUGGUCAUGUUGUAAAGCUUAAGGCUUAAGCUUUGAGAGGACUUGGCGGGAAAGGGACAGGUGAAAGGGUGAGAAAGUCUACUCUUUGACCUCAUUACUGCCACAACCUUAACAGAUCAAAAAAUCUUUGAUGAUUUACUAUGUUUAGAUCUCAGUCCAUCCAUAAUAUUUUGCUGGAGGAAUGAACAGUUUGAGGUGAAUUCCGUCAUUUACUCACCACUGCAUUUGGGAAUCUCAAUCUGGUGGUCAACAUGCUUUUCCAUUCCUGUUUCUUGUCUCCUAGAAUUUGAGCACGUGCAUUUUAAGGUUGUCUCGAAACAAGACAUUGCUUACCAAUAGGGUGGCAGCCAUGAGAGUUUGACAUGUUUUGAAAAAAAAGAGGUCUCAAGUUGAAGUUCUUUUAUGAGCAGCUUCUCUUUGUAUGCUUGGCUUAGUCUGUCAUGUGGUUUAAGGAUGAAGGGGUAAUGAUAUUGUCAUUAAAAUUUAGUAGAAAAUAUUGUAGGCUUCAUAGAUGGCACUUAGAAGCUGUGAAUCUAGGCCUGAUGGGUUUAGGGUGUGGCUUUUGUUUUUGUUGAAAGAUUUUAAUAUUGAUCAUCGUGAUCUGGUAGAGUUGUUUUGUGAAAAUGUAUCAGCAUUUACACAUUUCCAGAAAUCCCAUAUUUCAUGGAAGGACCAAACAUAUAGAAUUGGAUUGCCAUUUUAUCAGGGAAGAGGUCAUGUCUGGAAUAAUCAAGCCAAUGCAUUUGAAGACAGAUCAGCAACUGGGAGGCAUUCUCACAAAAGCUCUACAUCUACAUCUGGCUCAGUUCAAUUAUGGUUGAGCAAGAUGAGCAUUCUUGACGUAUGUGCACACCCUGAGAGGGAGUGGUAACAGAAAGCUGAGCUGGAAGAAAUUAGUUAGCUAAUGUCUGUAAUUAAUUAGUUAACAAAUUAGUUAGAUGGUUAGCUUUCUUUAUAAUUUUCUUUCUGACAUCAACAUAUCCUGUAUAUAUAUAAGCUUGCAGUUGAAUCAUAGAAGAAGUGAUGAAUCAUUUUUCCUGAUUACACAAUCUGUUACAAGGGGGGUUAAGCUUUCUCUUGUUACAUAGAUAACCCAUGGACUUUAGACUUACAUAUGUUGAAUAUUAAGCAAAUGAAAUGAGUAUUUCUUGUUGAUCAGUGUACAGUUUUUACAUUUUUUCAUGUCUGAUUUCAAAUAAUCAUCUUUAAUAUCUUUUUGUUGGUUUGAAAGAGCAGAUAACAAAAUUCUCUUGGUUUUGUGCGUUUUCCCUUAGAUCUCUUUGACAUGCCUAUUCUUUUUUAUU